GCGGCGGGCGGCGGAGCGCGAGGCCGGGCGCGGAGGAUGCUGCGCGGCGGCUGCCCAGGCGCCUCUCGCUCGUGACCGCGGCGCCCGCCCCAGGCGGCCGGGCUGUGCGCGGCGGCCGCCUCUCCGUGACAGCGCGAGCGUGCGCGGCCCGCCGGACCGGACGAAUGUAUGACAACAUGUCCACAAUGGUAUACAUAAAGGAAGACAAGUUGGAGAAGCUUACCCAAGAUGAAAUCAUCUCUAAGACGAAGCAAGUCAUUCAGGGGCUGGAAGCUCUGAAGAAUGAACACAACUCCAUUUUACAGAGUUUGCUGGAGACACUGAAGUGUCUGAAGAAGGAUGAUGAGAGCAACUUGGUGGAGGAGAAAUCCAACAUGAUCCGGAAGUCCCUGGAAAUGCUGGAGCUUGGUCUGAGCGAGGCGCAGGUGAUGAUGGCUUUGUCAAAUCACCUGAAUGCGGUCGAGUCAGAGAAACAGAAACUGCGCGCUCAGGUUCGUCGUCUGUGCCAGGAGAAUCAGUGGCUGCGGGAUGAACUGGCCAACACGCAGCAGAAGUUACAGAAGAGCGAGCAGUCUGUGGCCCAGCUGGAGGAAGAAAAGAAGCACUUAGAAUUCAUGAACCAGCUAAAGAAAUAUGAUGAUGAUAUUUCCCCCUCGGAGGACAAAGACACGGAUUCUGCCAAAGAGCCUCUGGAUGAUCUCUUUCCAAAUGAUGAGGAUGACCCAGGCCAAGGAAUUCAGCAGCAGCAUAGCAGUGCUGCUGCCGCCGCCCAGCAAGGAGGAUACGAGAUUCCCGCGCGGCUGCGCACGCUCCACAACCUGGUGAUCCAGUAUGCGUCCCAGGGGCGCUAUGAAGUGGCCGUGCCGCUCUGCAAGCAGGCCCUGGAGGACCUGGAGAAGACUUCAGGCCAUGACCACCCUGACGUGGCCACCAUGCUCAACAUCUUGGCCCUGGUGUACAGGGAUCAGAACAAAUACAAAGAUGCAGCUAAUCUACUGAAUGAUGCUUUGGCUAUCCGUGAAAAAACUCUGGGCAAAGAUCAUCCCGCGGUGGCAGCGACUCUGAACAACCUUGCUGUGCUGUAUGGUAAACGAGGGAAGUACAAAGAGGCUGAGCCAUUGUGCAAAAGAGCCCUGGAGAUCAGAGAAAAGGUUCUAGGGAAAGAUCACCCUGAUGUUGCCAAGCAGUUAAAUAACUUGGCCUUACUGUGCCAGAACCAGGGCAAGUAUGAAGAAGUAGAAUAUUACUAUCAAAGAGCCCUGGAGAUCUACCAGACGAAACUGGGACCAGAUGACCCCAAUGUGGCCAAGACGAAAAACAACCUGGCAUCCUGCUAUCUGAAACAAGGAAAGUUUAAGCAAGCAGAAACACUGUACAAAGAGAUCCUUACUCGGGCUCAUGAGCGGGAGUUUGGUUCUGUGGACGAUGAAAAUAAACCCAUAUGGAUGCAUGCUGAAGAAAGAGAAGAGUGCAAAGGAAAGCAGAAGGACGGGACGUCUUUUGGGGAGUAUGGUGGCUGGUACAAAGCCUGCAAAGUUGAUAGUCCAACGGUUACAACAACUUUAAAAAACCUUGGUGCACUUUACCGACGUCAAGGGAAAUUUGAAGCUGCAGAAACAUUGGAAGAAGCUGCCAUGAGGUCACGUAAACAGGGUCUUGACACUGUUCACAAACAGAGAGUGGCGGAAGUGCUAAAUGACCCUGAGAACAUGGAGAAGCGGAGGAGCCGGGAGAGCCUCAAUGUGGACGUGGUCAAGUACGAGAGUGGCCCUGACGGAGGGGAGGAAAUGAGAAAGAUGAAGCUCGGGCUGGUUAAAUGACUUGCUCAGCGUCCAUGGUGAGUCCGAGCGGGCAGGGGCAGGCCCCACUGUCUGUGCUCCUGUCGAGACGCCGGCUGCCCCUGGGGCAGGACGCAGGAGGCGUUGUGCCCAGGGAAACCCAUUUUCUUUGGAUGGUCAACUGCAUGCUUACAACGUGCCACUGCCCCUUCAAGUCACCUGGACUUAAGGUUCUGAAGUGUCUAAGAUGCUAGUGUUUUAGUUUAUGAGAAUGAGAGUCAAAUGCUUGAGGAAGGAUGGCAGUGGGGGGAUAUGGCAGGACAGGAGAAGUUACACGAAUGUGUCUUCUGCGUGUAGCCUUCACUUUGGUUCUUCAUUGGUGACUCUCCUUCAUGUACAGUUAUUUGUGUCUUGCAGUAAGUAAAUGAUUCCUAGGAUGAUGCUAUCUCCACACUGCCUUCCACUGAUGCCUGUUUGGACUAGGCCAGCCUAGAUUUUCCAAGAUACCUUGGGCCCAGCUCCACCCCUGAGCCGGCCUGGUGAACCAGAGAGACAGAGGGGAAGGCCCAGGAUGAAGCCAUGAUAUCUGUGACCUAGAAAUACUGUAGACCAGGCUGUGCGGCGCGGGGCCUGCGCCCUGUCCUCCUGUGGGCUCACUGGUUCUCUCCUUUCUGUCUGACAGGCCUAGCUGCCCGGGUGCCUCCCGCCCUGCUCCUGCAUGACGGGCAGCGCCUCCUCCGGCCCCCCCCUCCAGCGCUGCCCGCUGUGUCUAGCAGCCCCUAGGAGCUUGUCAGAGCUGCACCUCUGGGCCUGGUCAUUCCUUUCGGUGCUGCUGACCUGGGGUUCCUGAUCUCUGUAUACAUGUAGCUUUGCCAGAUAUGUACUUAGUAAUAUCAACUGUAUUAAUAAAACCCAUUGACUGUGUAACACGAUGUUUAACCAUUAAGAGCGAUUAGCUGUACACUCUGCUAGCAGGUAGUUAGAAGUGUCACACAGGUUUACCGCAGUGGCAUGACAGUGACCUGUGGACAGUGGCUGAGCUGUAGGAGUAAGGCAUGUGUUGCACGUCUGUGAUACUUAGAGACCACCUGGCCAGUGCGCCUGCCCAAGGCCCUGGACAUGCUCCAGUAGACUUGCUGUGUAGUCCUCUGUAAUUCUGCUUUUCUCUACUAAUCUUUAAAAGCUCAGUGAUGUGUGUAUUUGUCUUUCUAACUUCUAAUAAACUCACUCCAACUGACC